AUGUGGUCUAAGCUGCUCUUCAUUGCUCUCUUCGGACUUUUCCUUGCCGCCAAAUUUGAAGUGAAUGAUGCGGUCGUUUUCAGGUUCACAAACUUCGUCUGCGAGAGCUACAACAAAUCGUGGUUCGUGUUCCACAACUGUCGCCUGAAGGCCGUCAGUCGGAGCAAAGUGCUCCUCAAUAUGAAUGGGACGGUGCUGCAUCCGGUCAAUAAUGCAACGCUCCAUGCGCAGAUAUUCAAGAAGGCCAACGGCUUCAAGCCGUGGCUUCUGGAUGGAACCGUCGAUGUUUGCCGAUUUUUAAAGAAAGGCUACAAUCCGUUUAUCCAAAUAGUGUUCAAUCUUUUCAAGGAGUUUUCCAACAUCAAUCACACAUGCCCGUUUGUGGGUCCACAAAUAGUCAAGGACUUCUAUCUGCAGCCCGAGCUGCUGCGACUGCCCUUUCCUACUGGGGAUUACAUGUUGUCACUGCAGUGGCUCUUCCACAACAAGCCCCAGUUCGAUACAAAUGUCAGCUUCAGCUAUGUGGAGGAUCUACUCAAGAGGAACAACUAA